CUAGAGGGAAGUAAACACAGGUCUCAUAAAUUCUUGUUUUAUAAUCGGUAUAACGUCCAACGAAUAAUCGUGCUAUUAAGAAACAUCAGACAGCAAAGAUGGCAUUAUCCAAGGCAGUAAUUCCAUAUACUAUCCAGGAUGAACAAGUCACAGCUCAGCAUUUUUUAAUAUGUUGCACUGAAGACUGUGAGAACAGCUGCCAGUUUUACUGCAAUUCGUGUUAUAAACCGAUGUGUGAAGAAUGCAGAGAUAAACAUUAGAAGACUCCAGAAACCAAAUACCAUGAAGUGGUCCCUUACCGAGAUCGUAGACAAAAACUUCCUGUGGAAAAAUGCAAGGAUCACCCUUCUAAAGAUAUAGAUAUCAUUUGCGAGAAUUGUCAAGUUCCUUUAUGUUCCAAAUGUGCUAUAAGAAACCACCGGGGGCAUAAGCUUGAUGACCUAGAAACAGUUUAUUCAGAUAGAUUUACUAUCUUUGUUAAUAAAAUCUGCGAUAUUCAUCAGUGUCUUCUCCCAAUCUCACAAAAUAUGCAAAAGGAUAUAAAAGAAGAUACCAAAGAAAUAAAAGAAAUAAUGGACAAAAUAAAAACAUCUAUAAAAAUCGAAGCUGAGUAUCUUAAACAACUGACUGACAUGGUGAUGACAGACAAUUUAGAACAAGUCAAGAAAAUAGAACAAUCACUAAUAAAAGAACUUCAGAAACAGGACAAAAACUACGAGAACUACAACAAUUAUCUUGAGGACUUAAUAAAAGAUAUCCAUGGUUAUUUGUCAUUUGAUAAAGUCACAAACAAUCCGAUUAUUUUCUCACUUUCCGAACAUUUAAAAACCAAACCCAUUCCUGAGACCAAAAAACCUGUUUAUCCAGUAUUUACUGCUGGUCAAAACAGCAAGGAUGAUGUCGCUAAUCUAUUUGGCAGAAUAACUGCACCUAACACAAAACCAGAAAAGAGAAAAAUAAAAUCCAUAGAGACUGCAUCUGCACAAUUGAAAUUUGAAGAAAAACAGAAACAACUUGACAGAGAGAAAUUUGACGUCAAACAAGCACUGUUAUCGUCUUGCUCUGUUACCAAGGUCAGACAGUACACUGUACCUGGUGUUGAAAGGGUAUAUCAUAUCUCAGUAGGUCAAUCAGGUAGACUCUGGGCCAGUGAUAAUAGUGGUAAACUUAUUCAAACAGAUCUACAGGGGAGAUAUCUUCAGAUACUAGCCAGUUGUGGAUCUGGUUGUUACCACACAGUCACCCUUGACGACGAUCUGAUAUAUACAGACAAAAAGAAAAACGUCAUCAAUAGAAUAGCUCUUGAUUAUUCAAUCACUAAAUUCAUUACAAUAGGAGACUGGGAACCAAUAAGCAUACACUCCUCUCAUAUCAACGAGGACGUAUUGGUUGGGAUAAGAAAAUAUGGAGAGAGUCAAGUCACCCGGUACAACAAAAAAGGGGAAGAAAUACAAAACAUUCAGAGAGACAAUGAAGGACAGAAACUCUAUAGUCAAAAUCCACACUACAUCACAGAAAACGUCAACGGUGAUGUCUGUGUGUCAGACUUUAACAAUCAUGCUGUAGUAGUUGUGAAUAAAACAGGACAACACAGGUUCUCCUACACAGGUCAGCAGUCAGAAUUUCGUCCCUUUGGUAUCUGUACCGAUGUAUUCGGUCACAUCAUUGUGUGUGAUGCAUACAGUAAAUCGGUUCAUCUUUUGGAUCAGGACGGUCAGUUCUUGUCUCUACUAAUCACACCACAACAAAGGGUGAAGUAUCCUCGAAGUGUGUGUCUGGAUGAGAGCAACAAUCUUCACGUGGGACAGUCCAACACCAAUACAAUAACAGUGUUCAAAUAUUUAAUGAAACCAAUAAAAAAAUAAUUGAACUAUUACAUGUACUGAGAGUAAAAUAUUGAUAACUCUAUUCCAGUUAUAGAAAUAAUUACAUUAUACUUUUUUUGAUUUAUCAAUUUAAAUGAGUGCUGAUAUAAAAAAAAAUUCAACCAGAA